AUGGAACUUCCAAGUCUAUCUCAAACACGCUUAAGCUCAAAGAAACUUAGUUAAAAAAUUAGAGUUGAUAGAUAAGGUCAUCCAAUUCUAAAAGGAUAUAAAUUACAUUAAGUAACAUUCAUAGAUAAUGUAAAAUCUGGAUAAAAAAUUCAUAAAAUUCAUAUUGUUGAUAGUUGGAAAUAACAUAAUUUUAAUGAAUAUUAAUAAAAAAAGGACUAAAAAUGUUGCCAAAUAAGUUGA